UAGCAACGGUCCGGAAGAUGUCGCACGGGCCAGUCCUAAAAAACUUCCGCCUUAAGUUGUAAAGAAAACACAGCGGCUAAAAGGCAAUCGACGGCGUAAGCAGCUCAUUUAAGAAGUCAGACCUCAGACUCGUGUCACUCUGGAGCUUGUGUGGUUUUGAGAGUGUGAGUGUGAGUGGGUGAGUGCAUGUGUGAGAGUGUGUGAGCUGCAGUUUCCUCCUCACCGUUCCAACCAGAGCUGCUCCUCCCUGGAGGAUGACAAUGGAGGAGAUGAAGAAUGAAGCGGAGACAAACUCCAUGGUAUCCAUGACGCUGUACGCCGUGAUGUACCCAGUUUUCAAUGAGCUGGAAAGGAUCAACCUAUCAGGAGCUCAGACACUGAGAGCAGCCUUCAUAAAGGCGGAGAGGGAGAACCCCGGCCUGACCCAGGACAUCAUCAUGAAGAUCCUGGAGAAGAAGAACGUGCAGAUCAACUUCACUGAAUCCCUACUGCGCAUGGCGGCCGACGAUGUGGAAGAGUUCAUGAUCGACCGACCCGAGCAGGAGUUCCAGGACCUGAACGAGAAGGCCAGGGCCCUGAAACACAUCCUCAGCAAAAUCCCCGACGAGAUCAAUGACAGAGUACGCUUCCUACAAACUAUCAAAGACAUCGCCAGCGCCAUUAAAGAGCUCCUGGACACAGUCAACAACGUCAUUAAGAAAUAUCAGUACCAGAAUCGCAGAGCCCUGGAGCACCAGAAAAAGGAGUUUGUGAAGUACUCCAAAAGUUUCAGCGACACCCUCAAAACAUACUUCAAAGACGGAAAGGCGAUAAAUGUCUUCAUCAGCGCGAACCGGCUCAUCCACCAAACCAACCUCAUACUGCAGACCUUCAAGACCGUGGCCUAGCCCCCCCCCCCUCCCCCCCCAAACCCCGACCCCUGAGAUCUCGUAGUCCCCCUCCCCGCCCCGCGGGGAGCUACUGCUAGAGCGGCGGAAGCUGGAAGAGCGCCUCAACCAUAUAUGUAAAUUAGAGUUGAUUUUAGGGUUGGGGUCCAUUUUUAUUGGAGUCGAGAUUCUAGAUUCCAGUUUCAAAAGACUGAAAAGUGCCAUUUGUUUUUUCCAAUGAGGAUUUUCCAGUCUUGAAAUGGAACUGAAUGCGCCCAAAGUCUUGGUUAAUCGAUUUUAUUUGGACAGUUUUAAUUUAUAACCCCGGUCGUGUUGGGAGGUGUUUAUUACAGACUAAUUGCCAUUUUUCUAAUAUAUUCAUGUUGAUCAUUUUACUUUUAGCUUUUCAGUCACCUGAGACCAAACUCAGUAGGAGUGAAUCUCAGUCAUCUAUACUGGUUUUCUUUUCUCGCCUCCAUUUUUUGUUUUGUUUUGUUUUUUUUUUUUUGUUUUUGUGCGUCAUUUUGCCACGGUCUGUAUGCCCAGGAUCUGACAAACGCACCUGGCUGCAGGUGAAACAGCCGCGAGGAGAGGAAUCUGUGUUGGACAUUCGAGAGGCAGACUCAGAUUUCGUUUCUCGUUCAUUAUCAGAAGACAGAAAGCCAAAUGACUUCUUCCAGCACAGCGUGCGCCUUACCAAGUCCUGUAACAUUCCCUCCUCUCAGAGCGUAACGAAGUGGAGCCAGUCCCCGCCGCUGGGGGACGCAGAGAGAGAAACGAAAAGUUCUGUAUUUAACUGAUAUCUGGUUGCAAAUGUUCAAUAAAUAGUUUCCAAAUGAUGAUGCUUUUUUAAA